GGUCUGUGUCUGUGGUAUUUUAAGUGUGAAUAGGUAUUGUAAAGACUGUUGUAGUACCAAAUAUUUUGGUGUUUUAAAUAGUAGUAAUCAAAAUGGAUUUUCAAAACCGGCCCGGUGGUAAAACCGGCGGUGGUGGCGUAGCCUCAUGGUCGGAGAGCAACAGAGAUCGUCGUGAAAGGCUUCGCCAACUUGCAUUGGAAACUAUUGAUUUGAAUAAAGAUCCAUAUUUUAUGAAAAACCACUUAGGAUCAUAUGAAUGCAAACUUUGUCUAACUCUUCACAACAAUGAGGGCAGUUAUUUAGCUCAUACACAGGGAAAGAAACAUCAAGCUAACUUAGCUCGACGAGCAGCUAAGGAAGCUAAAGAAGCACCUCAACAAUUGGCUCCAGAAAAGCCAAGGAUUGAGCCUAAGAAGUUUGUAAAAAUUGGACGGCCUGGUUACAGAGUUACAAAGCAAAAAGAUCCUGAAAAUGGCCAGCAGAGCUUGCUUUUUCAAGUGGACUACCCAGGUUCAUAUUACUCUUGUUUUAUUAUUUAAACUACAUUUCUAUGGCAGAAUUUUUAUUCAACAUUUAUGGCUCUAAUUUUUUUUUAAUCUACCAAUUUAAUCAAAUUCAUUCAAAAAUUUUAAUGGGAUAGAGCCACACUUCAAGUAUAUUGUGAUUGUAGUUUGAAUGGUCAGCUCGACCAAGGUAGGACCACACUCACAGAAUACCAGCGUGCAAUAUGUUUCAUAUGAUGAGUGUAGAGAAUUGGAGACCUUUUACUGGAAAUGAGUCAUUCCAUCUUAAACACAUCUGAAUUUUGAUUCUUAAUCGAUGAUAGAUGUAGAUGUCUAUGGCCCACAGCAUCCAAUUACCAUCGGGUAAACUGUGUGCUCAUUUUUAUUUUUAUUUGUAAUUCAAAAACAGUGGGGAAUCACUUAUUAUUUCCCUAGUUUUGGAAGUCUAUGACAGGUUUUUGUAAGCAAAUACAUUUGAGCAAGUUUCCACAAAAUAUAUCUUCUGGUCUGAUUGACUGGGUGAAGAGUUUUAUGAGUAAACUCUCUCACUUAGUCGUAGUCAAUGGCGAUCAUCUGACCCUAUGACGACUGAUGCUGGAAUUCCUCAGGUGUCCAUUCCCUUUACAACUCUUUCCCUGCUGCAUAUUAAUUUUCUUAUGCCUGGUAUCUAUGGGUAUGCAGUUGACAGUACAGUUGUGAAGAAAAACCAGCUAAAGCUAAAGGAUUAAUUUAGCUUAAGCUUAAACUUUUGCUGACCUAACACUGGAAAUGAUGCUUAAGAUCCACAAAACAUUUAUCGAUGGUCAAUCUUAGAAUAAGUAUUCCACUUCUGGAACCCCUACUUUAAAAGUCAUUGAAGUUUUGGGAAAAGAACAGCUUAGCUUCGCUAAGAUACCACGGCUAUUUAAGCGGCAGUCUUAUGAAGAGAUUUAAGACUUACAUUUAAAAACCGUGGGGAUCGAGGAGAUCUAAUUGAGACUUUUAACGUCUUAAGUGGUCAUUACAACAUUGAGGAGUUUGACAAAUUGUUUAUUGGUAAUGAAAAAACUCAUCUCAGGAGCCACCUUCUUAAGCUAUGUACCAGCUUUUCAAACAACCAUAACAAGCACUUGAUUUGUACCCGUGAAGUCACAGAGUGGAAGCAGCUGCUAGAGAACAUAGUCUCAACCAAAAAUGUAAACCUAUUCAAAAAUAAAUUAGAUAAUCAUUUUCAGAACUGCAAAAAGAGUAACUAGUGGGCACAAACAGGAUUCAGGCAAUAUCAGUUGCCUCAACUGCCUGCCUGGUAAUAUAUAAUAAUAAUAAAAUUCUCUGGUCAGUCGAGAUUCAAUAAAGUCUGAAAAAGAAGCUAUAGUUAAGUGUAUGAAUCUCACUGCAAGCAGUCUCUGUGUGAGGCAAUUCCAGUAUUGUGAGAUUCAGCGCCUCCAAAACACAAGAUGUCUCUUCAUCGUUAAAAGGGACUCUCUUACCCUGGCUCCUACUUCCCGGGUUGUAUCCUUGGGGUUCACAGACUUUCAGUUAUUAGGGAUUAAGAAUUCUCCGAACCUUAACUUUGGGCGGUUCAUUAUAUCCAGAACCGAAGUAGCUGCGAGGAACUAGUUGCCUUGCAAGGGUGCAGCGGUACUUCUGACGCUAGGGCAGCUUCUUAUCUAUACUAAUAUAGUAAAGUUUUUGUGAUUUAUCAUGCAAUCAGUCGAUGGACUAUGAGCAGAUUGGUUGUAGGACAGAUUGGCAUACAGAGAAAACUUCCCCAGCGGGAAGCACUCCGUAAGUCUCAGCUAUACAUUGUCAAGUAUAUCCCUUCUCUUUAGACGACGAAUCGCUUGUGGCAUUGUCAACUGCCAUGCUAAUUGAUUUGGAUGGUUGCCAAGUCUUAUUUUGUAGUUGCAGCUGUAGUGCCUAAUUUCUUCCUUAACUGAGUUCAUUUUAAGGUGUUCAUGGAUUUCAGAUAUUCUUAUGAACCAUGGUGAGUUUGAAAGUUGUUUAAGUAUGUAGUUUUGGGUUCUUUGAAUGAUUUCGAUGUUGGAGUCACAUGCUGAUCCCCAAAGUUGUAUGCCAUAUGUCCAUAUCGGUUUUAUAAUGGUGUUAUAUAGCAGGAGCUUAUUGUCGAAGGAAAGUCUGGAAUUCCUUGCGAGCAUCCAAUACAGUCCUUUGUAUCUAUGGUAGAUCUCAUCACUUUUUUAUAAAGUGGAAAAGUGUUUUUGUUUGUUUAAAUGCACUAAUCUCUGGAACUACCAGUCCAAUUUGAAAAAUUCUUUUUGUAUAUAAUAGCCAGAUUCAUGAGGAAUAGUAUAGACUAUCUAGCAUUAGCCUAUAACUCUCAGCAAGCCUUAAAUAUUGAUUUUUGUUAAACAAGUUGUAAAAAAGGUGCUCUCUAACUGCUUUAUUUGCGUGCGCUGGUGUAUUAUUUAGCAUUACAUAAAUACAAUGUCCUACAAAACUUCUAAAAAAAGUCCAUUAUACCAUAUGCCUAUUGCUUAUACAUAAGCCACAAUAAGGUAUUUUGUGACAUAAAAUUAUUGAAAAUUAAAAAGUGAUUUAUGUGCUAGUUAGUUAAUGACUCCACGUCUAAGCGCGUACUUUGCGUGUGGGUAGGAAUAAUGUAAUUAUUCGAGCCAUGAGAUCUCCCCGAAGAAGUUCAACAGUCCUUUGAUGUUGCAAGUAACUUCGGGGAGUAAUCCCAGUGCACUGAGAUGUUUAGCCCUCCGGAUGACCUGCAGCAACCUCCGGACAUGUCAGCAACAUGUGGGCCGCCGUUUCUUCCUCCCCCAUACAUGCCCUGCACAGGGGACUAUCCGUAAUAUCUAUGGUAAAUAAAUGUUUGUUAAAGUUGCCAUUCCUGUGAUAUCACUUGUUACUAUCCUGAUCUGCGGCUUUAUCAGUCUCAUUAGAACCUUGGUGAAAAGACUGUAAACAGCUUCCCUAGCUUGUCUACAGACUACUAGAUUUUUCCAAGCAAUUUGUUAAAGCUGAGUGUGUUGAUUAGUGAAGUGGCUACAUACCAGUGAAUAAAUGUUAACAAAGGGGAUUGGUAGGAUUGGUCUCAGCCCUAUAGUGGCCAGUUAAUCUGCUGCAUCAUUGCAUCUGGAUCCACUGUGUCCUUUUAUACAUUGCAGAGUCACAUUGUUGUGUUUACAUAUCUCAUUUAAUUGUCGAAUUAGUUAUUUUUCACUUAGCAUUGUUUUUACACUAUCAAAACAUCCAGGGCAAGUGUGACAUAAAUCCACUUAUAGGCACAUCACUAUAUCGGCUAAAAACUGUCAAAAAUCCAUUGUUACACAAAAAUAGACGUUCAAAUUGUUCAAAUAGAUCAUAAAAUAUAUUGACAUUAGUAUCAUCUCAUCAAUUUUCUCUAAAAGUACAUAUAGUAAUAAAGUAACUACAAAAAGAAGUGUACUGUCACACUUGCCUCAUUGAUGGGGUAAGUGUGACAGUCUUCCACCUUAAUUAGUUUUAAUUACCUCAAAUUAUAAAAUGCUACUUAUGGAUACUAAAAUGCUUGAUCAAACAAACAACCACUUAGUAAUUGAUAUUUUGAAACGGAAUUAUCUAUGUUAAACCUUUACAGAGUAGAAAUAUUUAAAUGUUCAUUUUAGUUUUAAUUAAUUUAUGUCACACUUGCCUCGGGUGACUCUACGCCUUUUGAAGGAUUUUUGAAUACUUCAUCGCUUAGGGGAAAAUAGGUAAUAAAAACUAUUAUAAAAUAGUUUUCAUUACCUAUUUUUUACGUGGUAGAGCCAUGCUGCAGCUAUAUUAUGGUUGUAGCACGAAUGGGUCGGCUCGGCCGGGGAGGGACCACGCUCUCACAGAAAACCAGCGUAAAAUAGCAGCUUGUCGCUGCUGUGUUUCGUGUGGUGAGUGUAGAGAACCGGAGACCCUUUUUACUGGCAGGGAGGCAUUCCAUCUUAGUCCUCACAGGUGACAACGCAUCUGCAUCUUGAGUCUUUAUUGAGGAUAGAUGUAGAUGUUUAUGGGUCACAGUAACCACUUGCCAUCAGGUGGACUGUGUGCUCGUUUGUCACCCGAUCCUAUAAAAAAAAAUAGUAUUAAUGAUAAAAAUAAAUCAUCUCUGUAAACGCGUUAAUCCCGGUCAGCCUUUCGGGUCAUCUGAGGUGACUGGGACUCCGUGACGGACCACUCCGGGCUCAAAUUCAGAAGGUGGUGCUCCUUGAUACCGCCCGCAUUGUCCGCCGGUUUCUUUCCCUUUUCCCCUAACCCUCGGCCGUUUGGUCUCCCCUGCCGAGGGCUUCCAUCUGGUUGGGACUUUAUUUAUUUAUGUUAGUAUGUUAAAUAUACAUUUAUAUGUAUUUAUUAUUUCCUUUAAUAUAUUUAUUCAGCCCAACCAGAUGAGAAUACUUUAUAAUUAAUACCCCAAAAUAAUAAUGUAAUAGUAGUCAAUAUAAUAUUUUUCAUUGUACAACAAUAGUCAUUGAAACAAAAAGCAAUGAAAUAAAUAAAUAAGGUACAAUAGAAGGUCUUAUCGCUCUGGAAGCAAUUUCUGCCAAACAACCUUAUUACAUAAGAAUUAUUUACAUCAAUUGGUUAGGAGGAAGGUGUUCACAAAUUAUAAUACUAAGUUAAAAAAUAAAAUAAAAACAAGAUUAUGACAUCUGAGGAAAGUAGGAUAGAUACAAGUAAGAACGGGAAGUAUGAUGGAAAAUAUUAGAGCUCCAAGUAAUAAGCUUUGAGUAGAUUUUUGAAGAAAAAAAGCUUGAGGUAGGCGUAGUAUAUUAUUUAGCGGCAAGGAGAUCCAUAACGGUAGCUGUAAAUUAUAUCGAUUUAUGGAUGAAGGAUAAUGUAUGUACUGGAGUAUGAAGAAAGAUUGUUAAAGCCGCUUAGUCUUACUUAAGAUCUGUGAUCAUUAUCAUCCCGAAAUAUGGGAAAUUUUCCACAUCAUAGCUUGAGCUCUUUGUAUUAUGCGGUCUCAUAAUCAGCAUGACGGCCUGGACCUUACAAUUUGAACACUGGUAACACCGUGGGGCAAAAAGCUAGUUAAGUAUACAGAAGUAUAUCUCAGUACUGUUCUGCAACAUUUAGUUAAAAUAAUUUCAGUAAUAAAAAAUUUGUCAACAAUUUAAUUUCAUGCAAGCUGGUAGGAAUAUUAGGAUGAUGAAAAAUAUAUCUUAUCAAGUUUAAAAAUAGCUUUGAAAUUUUAAAAAAUGUUUAUUAAUUAUUUCAACAUGGUUAUUUUGAUUUUUUGUAUUAACUUACCAAUAUUUACUUCAAUUUUAGAAAUUGCUGAAGGAGUACAACCAAGACAUCGCUUCAUGUCUGCUUAUGAACAAAAGAUAGAGCCACCAGACCGUAGGUGGCAAUACUUACUUUUUGCUGCUGAGCCAUAUGAAACUAUAGCUUUUAAGGUGCCAAGCCGAGAAGUUGAAAAGCAUGAUUCAAAAUUCUGGACUCACUGGAAUAAGGAUACAAAACAAUUCUUUUUGCAAUUUGCAUUUAAAAUUGAGCCUCUACGAAUGCCACCUCCUCCUCCUAAAAUGUGGGAAAAUCAUGGCAUUAGAUUACCACCUCCUCCUGGCGCUCAACUCAUGGGUGUACCACCUCCUCCACCUCUAUUACCUGUACCACCUCCUCCACCAUCCAUGUAAAUAAAUGAUUUAUUAUACAUUAUUGAU